GCGAUGAUUUCAAUUCGUACACAAAAAUACCCAAAUAACUUUAAAAUAUCAGUAAUAUUUUAAAUUUAUUUGGGUAUUUUUGCUGGUUAUACAUUUAGUUUUUGUGACAUAAAUUUUUAUCAGAUAGUGUUUUUUUUAUAGAUUGACUCAUUUUUAUGUGCACGUUCUAUGGAUUGUCUUUUACCAACCUUUAUUGCAAACAAAGUCGAUGAUUCGAUUGCUCAUCUGUGCACCGAAAAGAUAAACUUCUGGAAAUGGGUUUAUUGUAGCUAUGGUGAUCUUUUAUCGCUUAGACAGACAUUUCCAAAUAUGCCUGGUAACCAAACAAGUGGUGAAGGUAAAAAACAUUAUCGAGAAAGAGCUGAAGAGUUGAAGCAGAAGUUAAAACGAACACACACAUGUCGACUAAACGCAUGCAAAAAACUAAUAACUAUCAAAAGUAGUUAUCACAUUAACUUUGGUAUAAAAUGUUUUGAAAAGAAAAAGUAUACACUCAAACUUCAUAAGGGAUUUUCUCAAGAUGUCAAGAGAGAAGCUACAUACCAUGACCAUACCAUUUGUCGCAUUUUCUUUCAAGUUUCUGCACAAAUGGCAACCUUCAUAGGACUAUAUAAUAAUAAAAGUAUAUUAGACAGCUUCACAACAGUAGAGAAUUUUUCCUACCUUCAAAGAGAAAAGAAAAAAGCCAUACACAUGUACCUUUAUGUACCAGUCAGCUAUGAAAGUUUACAAUUCAAAACCUUUAUUGAAAACAUUAAAGUCAAUGAUCCCGGAGCUGACGACCUGAUAGAAUUUAACACAAUGACACCAGCUGCAUCACCAAAAGCAAGAAUGCCCAACGUGUACCUGCACAUGUGAUCCUGAGACGCAAAUUUGUAUUAGAUGUAUACAAGAUGCUGAGUAUCAAGAAAGUCCUUUGCGUGAGUUGUUAACAUUAUCAAUGAAAAAGUUUCCUUCCGUAUCUGGUCUUUUUUUUUUGGUGAUAAAAAUGCUUGUUGCAUCAAAAUUGUACCCGAGAGUUUUAUAAAAGAAGAAUAUUUCAAGCUUGGGCAGAUUGUUGGGCUCAGUAUACUAAAUUUUGGGAGAGGCCCACAGUGUUUUCAUACUGCUAUUGUGAAUGAAAUUUUAACCAGAAACGGCAGUCUCUUUUAUCUCUUGAAGAUGCUGAAUUGAAGCACAAGUUGAUCUUAAUAGACAAUGGAGAAAACGACGACUUGUAUGAAAUGAAUAUUAUUCCCACUAAAAAUCGAGAAGAGUGCAAAGAGCUUUUCCAAAUCAGCUAUGUCAUAAUAAAAAAUGCAUGCGCUAUUUGGUAUGGCAAGUAUUGCCAUUGAUUUAAUUGCUGAGAAACACUUUGAGUUAUUAAAGAACUUUCUACUAUUCACUGAAAAUCCAUUGAUACUGAUGUAAGUAUACUUCCAUUUGAAGGAAUACUUCUAAUCAUAGUGUAACAUGCUUACAGGCUCACGACAAUGUUUUGCUCGUGUUACUUUAUUUUAUAUACACUAACAGACUGGCUGGGAAUGCCAUUUUUCAGAAACUUUAUAAAUUUUAGGGUUUGAGGGAUGGUCGGGAUAGUCCAAGUAUUAGAACUUUGUUCUUGUCUGACAUUUUGAUUCUUUCAAGCAUAGAGAUAAUAAUAAUAUCUCUGUUUCAAGUAAGAAAUUUUACUUACAACUCACAUACUGCAUCUGAUUUGAAAUUAUCAGUAUCUACAUCAGGAAAUGGGCUUGGAAGAAAAAAAAUUACCUGCAACACAAACUGAAGCGAGGUUUUUAUUUGGUUUUAUUGACGAGUUAAUUAAUCCAUAUAGGUGAAUAUUUAUCAUAGCACGUCCGUAUUUCAUUCUUAAUUAAUCCACUUCCCCAAUGUUUAUGAUGGAUUCAUUGGCAACUUGGUUAACUUAUAACCUCGUUUUAUACUAUCAAAACACAAUUCUACAUUUCUCCUAAGAUGCACACCCCGAAUAAUAGUCCCAAAAUUCAGGUUUUGUACAAUUUCCCAGGGCGUAAGUCUCAUAGACAA